AUGCCCUUUUUCUACUCCAAGCCUAUCGGCGGCCGAAACUUCGGCACGAGCGUCCAUGCAGACCGUCAUGGCAUCCGUCGUGGGCCUUGGCGCUUCCGUAUCGGCCGCUUCCACUGCUUCAAAUAG